CCAUCACAUGCGAGGACGGUGUCUUAGAGACCAAGCAUUCAGGCAAGCACGAGACCUUUCCUUGACCUCACUUCCUGCAGUCCUUAGCCAGCUCACUUCAGCCUCGUCGACAUUUCACAUAACACGCUGCCGUCCCUUCCAUCAUCAGGAAGUUUAGCAAUCAUCCGAGAUGGCAGGCAACAAGAGGAUUAUGAAGGAGUUCGCAGAGAUCCAGCAGAGCCCGCCGACUGGCUGCACCAUCUCGCUCGCGAAAGACGAUGACAUGAACCUGUGGGAUGCACACAUGGAAGGCCCACCAGAAUCAAUCUAUGCUGGCGGCAAGUUCCACAUCCAGGUUACACUUCCCAAGGAGUACCCAUUCAAGCCACCAGUCGUCUCCUUCCGUACCAAGAUCUACCAUCCGAACGUCACCAACGAUGAGCGUGGAGCCAUGUGCUUGGGCAUGCUGAAGGCUGAGGAGUGGAAGCCGCCGAACAAGAUCAAGGAGGUGCUCAUGCUUGUUAGAAAGGUGCUGGAGGCUCCCCAGCCAGAUGAUGCGGUUGAGACUGGUAUCGCAGACCAGUUCAAGAACGACUACAAGAGCUAUGAGAAGAACGCAAAGGACUGGGUGCAGAAAUAUGCAGGUGGAAAGUAGAGGUCCCUGCGCUGUCGUCGGAAAUCCUGGAGAGCAGAGCAAGAUCGAGAGCACGGGGUAUCUGUGGUUACAAGGACAUGCGCUCAUUCGGCAGACAUCCAGGCAUAGCGAGAGGAGUUCGGAAGGAUAGAACAUUUGCCAAUUGUUUCUGCGGUAUUACCAGUGCUGCACAUACGAUGCCACAAACAACAGCCUGAUUUCG